GCGCCCACAGCCCGGACGGUGCCCGGCGCGGCGAGCCACGGCCGGCCAGCAUAAAUAUGGCUGAACUUUCAGAGACAGAAGGUACUGUAAACUGGAAGGAAAGAUGUUUAACUUUAGAGUCACAGUUAAUGAAAUUUCGUCUCCAAGCAAGCAAGAUCAGAGAAUUGCUAGCGGAAAAGAUGCAGCAGCUUGAGAAACAAGUUAUAGAUGCUGAUCGUCAAGCAGAGAGAGCAUUUCAGCAGGUGCAGGUCAUGGAAGAAAAAUUAAAAGCAGCAAAUGUUCAAACGAGUGAAUCAGAAACCAGGCUGUAUAAGAGAUGUCAAGAUCUGGAGAUCCUGAUACAAGAUAAAAAUGACAUAAUACAAAAAUUGGAGAAACAGCUUGAAGAACAGAAGCAAAUAAGACUGCAAGAAGCAAAAAUCAUAGAAGAAAAAGCAGCUAAAAUAAAAGAAUGGGUGACAGUCAAGCUUCAUGAGUUAGAGGUGGAAAAUCAGAACCUUCGCUUGAUCAACCAAAAGCAAACCAAAGAGAUGAAAACAGUACAAUCUAAACUGCAAGAGGUUACUGGCAAGAAAUCUGUUACUUCGACACAAAAACCUGGAGAGUGUCAGCGACUAAGCGGUUUGACUUUUGGAUGCUUUUCAAAUAGAGCAAGAAGUCCUCAACCAUCUCCUAAGUUUGAAGAAAUAAGCAAGUCUUCAUCUAAAGAGCCAGACUACACUGAAGGCAAAAACAUGCCAGAGAAGGAUAUCCUGGAAACUACCUUUGAUAGUCCUGUACAUGAGACAAAUAAAGGUCAGAAGUCAUUGCAACAAAGUUCCUCUGGUUCAGAGCAGAAAAAAAUUGUGAGAACAAGCUGUUCAUCCAAAGAUAUAGACAGUGACAUGUCAAAGAACUCGUGCACUACCGGGAGUGACUGGAGCUCAGAUGAGGAUGGAGGAGACAAUAAAGGACUGAAAUCCAGGUGUGCAUCGACUCUUUCAAGCCACACAUCUGAAGAGAAUGCAAGGUACAGUAGAGUGGGAAGUGAAAUGUAUUUGACAGCAUCUGAUGACAGUAGUUCUCUAUUUGAAGAAGAGAGUUUUGGUGUUAAGAGGACUCAGCAAAAGAAGUUAUACUCCUGGCAGCAAGGAUCCCAAAGAAAAGGCCAGAACAAUCCGGGUGGAAAGUGCAACUCUGACUUCACAAGUAAAAAGAAAGACCAAGAUAGUUCUUCAGAUGAACUGAAUAAGAAAUUUCAAUCUCAGAGGCUAGAUUAUUCAUCCUCAUCCAGUGAAGCAAAUACCCCAAGUCCAAUUUUAACCCCUGCUCUGACACCCAGACACCCAAUUCUAGCAUCUUCUGCAGGUUCUCAAUGCACAACUCCAUCAAAUUCUCCCUCAAAUUUGCCACCUCCUAAGUUACGGACUCCUAAUGUUUUUAGUCUGAAUUCACCGUUAGCAAAGAAACACCUAAGUCAGCCCCAGCUGAGUUCUGACAGAAUGUUUGGUAGAAAUAGAAAUGCCAUAAGCAUGAUACGUCCAUGGAGACCUCAGGAAACAGACAUAGAUCUGGUGGAUGGAGAAGAUACUGAUAUUUUCGAGAAAAUGGAGAUUGGCUGUGAUGAAGGAGUGUUUACUUAUGACUGCACUGAAGCACAAAAUGCUGAAGUCCAGGAACCUUGUGAAAUGACAAAAAAGGGUGCUAGCAACAAACCUCCAACCCCUCCAUUACAUCGAUUUCCUUCCUGGGAAAGCAGAAUUUAUGCUGUAGCCAAAUCUGGUUUAAGGAUGUCUGAAGCUUUCACCCUGGAAUCUCGUAAUAAAAGUGCUGUUUCACUAACUUCAUGCUCCGUAUCCGGAUUAUAUACAUCUCUGAUAUAUAAGAACAUGACCACUCCUGUCUAUACCACUUUGAAAGGGAAAGCAACUCAAAUAAGCAACAGCCCAUUUAUAGAUGAGUCAUCGGGAUCAGAGGAAGAAGACAGCUCUCGGUCCAGCUCAAGGACUUCUGAGUCUGAUUCUCGAAGCAGAAGUGGUCCAGGUAGUCCUCGGGCUAUGAAACGAGGUGCGUCUCUGUCUUCUGUGACCUCGGAAAGCGACUAUGCUAUUCCUCCAGAUGCAUAUUCAGUAGAUACAGACUAUUCAGAGCCAGAGCAGAAACUUCCUAAGACCUCGUCCUCAUCUAGUGAUAAUGGAAAAAAUGAACCUUUGGAAAAAUCUGGAUAUCUGUUAAAAAUGGGUGGUAAAGUAAAGACCUGGAAACGACGGUGGUUUGUCCUUAAAGGAGGCGAAUUACUAUAUUACAAAUCUCCACUGACCACAGAAAAACGAACAUACUACCUGACUGCCGAUUCUCCCAACAUCUUAGAAGAAUGGAUCAAAGUACUACAGAAUGUUCUUAAAAUACAGGCUGCCAGCCCACUCUUCAUAAAGUCUGAAAUCAAGCCAACCAUGAAAGGAUUACUUACAAAGGUGAAACAUGGAUAUUCCAAAAGAGUUUGGUGUACCCUAGUUGGAAAAAUUCUGUAUUAUUUCCGUAAUCAAGAAGACAAGUUUCCUCUUGGCCAAAUCAAGCUUUUUGAGGCAAAGGUUGAAGAAGUUGAUAGAUCCUGUGAUUCUGAUGAAGAUUAUGAAGCUAGUGGUCGCAGUUUAUUAUCAACCCAUUACACUGUUGUUAUCCACCCCAAAGACCAAGGACCCACCUAUCUUCUUAUUGGAUCCAAACAUGAGAAGGACACAUGGCUUUAUCAUCUGACAGUUGCAGCUGGAAGUACCAGUGUAAAUGUUGGAUCUGAGUUUGAACAACUUCUUUGCAAAUUAUUAAAUGUGGAAGGAGAUGCCACUUCUCAGAUUUGGAGACAUCCUACCCUUUGCCAUAGUAAAGAAGGAAUUACUUCCCCUCUUACAACAUUGCCAUCAGAAGCCUUGCAAACCGAAGCAAUUAAAUUAUUCAAGACCUGCCAGUUGUUUAUAAAUGCUGCAGUUGACUCUCCUGCCAUUGAUUACCAUGUAUCUUUGGCCCAAAGUGCUUUGCAGAUCUGCCUCACACAUCCUGAACUUCAAAAUGAGAUCUGUUGCCAGCUUAUUAAACAGACUAGACGUCGACAUCCACAAAACCAGACAGGACCAAUACAGGGAUUGCAGCUCUUGGCUCUCUGCGUUGGACUCUUUCUGCCCCAGCACCCAUUCCUUUGGCUUCUUAAACUUCAUUUAAAGAAGAAUGCAGAUUCCAGGACUGAGUUUGGGAAAUAUGCAAUCUAUUGUCAGCGAUGUGUAGAACGUACCCAGCAGAACGGAGACCGAGAAGCAAGACCUUCCAGGAUGGAAAUCCUUUCCACUCUUCUUAGAAAUCCCUACCACCAUUCACUGCCCUUUAGUAUUCCAGUUCAUUUCAUGAAUGGCAUAUAUCAGGUUGUUGGGUUUGAUGCCUCUACCACAGUGGAGGAAUUUCUGAACACUCUGAACCAAGAUACAGGGAUGAGGAAACCAGCUCAGUCAGGAUUUGCACUGUUUUCUGAUGAUCCCUCUGGCAAGGAUAUAGAGCACUGUCUUCAAGGAAACAUCAAGAUCUGUGACAUUAUUUCAAAAUGGGAGCAAGCCUCCAAAGAACAACACCCUGGGAAAUGUGAAGGCACAAGGACUGUACGCCUUACUUACAAAAAUAGGCUUUAUUUUUCAGUUCAAGUUCAUGGGGAGACAGAGAGAGAGAAGCUGCUGUUAGUAUAUCAGACAAAUGAUCAAAUAGUCAAUGGACUUUUCCCAGUAAACAAAGAAUUAGCGAUGGAAUUAACAGCUCUUUUAGCCCAGGUAGAGAUUGGAGAUUUUGAACGGCCUUUCUCAACUCCAGCAGGGCAAGUUACUUCCCAGUCCAAGUCCAACCAAACAUUAAAACAAGUUUUGGAGAGAUUCUACCCUAAGAGAUACAGGCAAGGUUGUUCAGAGGAACAACUAAGACAGCUUUGUCAGCGAUUGUCUACAAGAUGGAUGGCUCUCCGGGGGCACAGUGCUGCAGACUGUGUGCGCAUUUAUCUCACCGUAGCCAGGAAAUGGUCUUUCUUUGGUGCCAAACUGUUUGCAGCAAAACCUCUGUCAAUAUCCUCAGAUGACAAGUCCUUCAUAUGGUUUGCUGUACAUGAGGAUGGCAUAAGCAUCCUGGAUUACAGUUCUAUGCGAUUAACGGUUACAUAUUCAUAUAAGAGCCUGAUGACUUUCGGAGGCUAUCAAGAUGAUUUUAUGUUGGUUGUUAACAAUGCUCUGACAAAGGACAGAACAACUGAAAAACACCUUUUUGCCAUGACAAAACCAAAGAUUCUUGAGAUCACUCUACUGAUUGCCAGCUACAUUAACAACUUUCAUCAGCUGAAAGGAGCUGCUCAUCACCUCUCUGCUCCAGCGUUACUGGCACCUCAAAGUGGACAGAAACUCAAGGAAAUGGGGAGUCAGCCACUUCUUGCAAUCAACAGACCAACUAAAUGUCCCACUUUGUUAUGAAAGAAUUAUGUAUCAUGAUAAUCUUCAUUAGAGGGUUUCUACACUGAUAGAAAACCUUCUGAUGUACAAGACAUAGAGCAUAAGCAGGUCCAUAAACAAAAGAAAGGUGGACAGGUUUAUAUUCAUUUCAGAGGCAUGUAACAGGAGUAGCCCUUUAAUUAAAGCCCUGGCCUGAACUGGAAUGAUGAUGAGCCACUUUAGGGAUUAUGCUUUACCGGUGGUCACUUGUGCCCACAAUUGUUCCCUGGCAUUGGGAACAAUUGUCUAGAUUUUAAUAGAUUUUUCCAGAUAUAUACUCAGGGACCAAACUCUCUUCAACUCUCUUCACCUGUUCAUCUCUAUUUUUCAAAAUUAUACCAGUUGUAUAACCUUCAUUUUGAAAAGGAAUUUUGUUUAAAAGAACAGUCAAAUACAAAACAAUUUCCACUUCCAGAACUAUUUUUAUCUGCAAUACAAGCACCGUGGGACUAAAAAGAACGAAUUGUGUGUAAUUGUUUCUCCUCUAAAAAAACCCCAAGCAUAAGCACAUCGUGUAACUAUUACAAAAAAGAGUAUUCUCAUGAUACACUCUAGGCUUUGUUACACAGCUGUUUUACUUGGCAAAUCUUCAGCCUUGGUCUGGUCAAUUUCUAAAUAAACCCUCUCUGCUCCAGCCUUUUGAAAAAAUCUAAAUUGUAAGGGCACUGGGUUUUAGUAUAGUUUUGUUAAACAAGAUCCUGUACCUAAUUUCUUUAAUCCAGAAUAAUAAUAUAAUGCAGAUGGCAAGAAUGACUCACAAUUCAAAACACAAGAAUAACACAGAAAACCAUUGCUCGAACUGUUGUGAGUAAACUUGGAGACAUACAAAAUCCAUGUAUAAUAUGUUUAAUGUAUAUACAUUGAGUCAUAAUAUUAUUUUGUAAAAGUCAUGGUUUUUGGUUUUAA